UACCUCACUAUAUACCUCACCAACGAUGGCAAUGAAUACUAGCCAAUCAGAGGCACGGAAUGACGUGUGUUGAUGGAAUGCGGGUGUGAAGGCGAAAACAAGGCGUCCUGUCCUUACUAGGAAAUGUGUUAGCAUCAUUAGCAUUAAGCUAUGUGUUUGUUCCUGGUAUCUAUGACGUCCCAAUCUGACACCGCCCGCUUAUCGCUCCUUACCCGACUGUCUGUCAACGUCGUGUUCCUGCAGCUGCUUUUGUCUGCCCAGUCCUUGGUUGUAGCCUUGCUGAGGGGUGUUUGGUUCUAGUGGUGGGUGGAGUACCUCUCUCCAACAGCCAUGUCGGGCUUCAAUCUGCUGCAUCUAAUAACCAAGAGUCAGCCUGUAACUCUGAGGUCCUGCAGUCUUCCCACAGGACCAUGUCGGACUAAGAAGACCUGGCCAGUGAGCUUCUCUCAGGAAGAGAUAAGGAAACGCCUCACACCAAUACAGUAUCAUGUUACCCAGGAGAGAGGAACUGAGAGUGCCUUCACAGGAGAAUUCACACAUCAUAAAGAUGAUGGGACCUAUGCUUGUGUUGUCUGCGGGGCUCUGUUAUUCAGCUCAAACACUAAAUUUGACUCAGGAUCAGGUUGGCCAUCCUUCUUUGACCUGGUGAAAGAGGAGUCCAUCACUCUGUCAGAUGAUUAUUCCUAUGGGAUGCACAGAGUGGAGACCACCUGCAGCCAGUGUGGAGGUCAUCUGGGACACUUGUUUGAUGAUGGACCAAAACCCACAGGAAAACGCUACUGCAUCAACUCGGCCUCACUUGCUUUCCAGCCCAAAGACACAGUAUCCUCCACCACGGCUACAGGUGAAGCUGCCAGCAGUUCAGUGAGCAACGGGAAGACAGAGUUCUGAAAGAAUGACCAAGCAAGUAUGAUGGCUGUGUCUGUGUAGGAAGUCCAACAAUUUACACACAUCAAACAGUUAGAUGUUCUGUGUGUUUUAUUCACAAGGUACAAAAGUAUGUAGUUAUACUGAGAGGAAGGAAGGAACUCAGGCCUUCCAAUGCAGUCAAAGUGUGUAAGACACACUGUAUCAGCCUUAAAGGGAUCUUUCAAUAUUUGUCACUCUGAGUGUUUUUCUCCAUUAUGAUUAUUGGUCCAAGGGGUGUAGGAAGAGGAUAUGAUAUUCAUUUUUCAAUUAACAUUUUUGUUGCUGGAAUCUGCAUUUCUCGACUGUUUCUAAUAGAGGAGGCGAAUAAAAUGUGAUCAUCACUGAGCAUGGACAUGCCCCUUAACAGAAAUAUAACACUCAUGUUGACAAAUACUAUUUUCCCUUAUUUCCCUUAUACUUUUUUAGCUGGAUGAAAUGCUUUGUGGUAGAUGCACAUACAAAAUUUAGAGAUUUUGAUAUUAUAACUUAAAAUAUUUCAUUAGAGUAUAUUUUUGAAGUGAUGUUUGAUACUGAGAGGUUGAUUUUAUGGAGGUGUUCCUGUCAGCAAUGAUGGAGUGUACUGUGACAGAUGGUAGUGUGAACAUAUUAUGCGCAAUAUGUAUGUUAUGCCUUUUUGGUCACUUUCUGUAUUUGUUCCUUUAGUUCUUUGCAUUAUGAAACAGUUUUAGUUUUUCUUCACAGCUUGCAAUAAAAAACUAAAUUGAUUAAUAAAAUAUCUAAAAA